CAGCGGCUGGAGGGUUUGGCCAGGGGACGGGGCCGCUCCUGCGAGGGCUCCGGGAUUGGGUCGCCCGGGCAAAAGGAAGAAAAAAAAAAAAAAAAAAAAAAAGAGAAAAAAAAAAAAAUAGAAAAAAAAAGCAGAAAGGGAAUUAAAAAAAUAAAUAGGGGUGGAAGCAGGCGAAGAGGGCAGGAAAAAAAAAAAAAAAAGGAAAGCUGUCCCCCCAAACUGUGCCAACUCCGAGCGAGCAGGGAUGGUGCACCCCGGCUGGGUCUGCUUGCUGCACAGCUCCCUCCUCCUGCUGGCCAGAGCGCGGCAGAGCCGCGGCGCCUGCCCGCUCGGCGGAAAGAACGAGCUGAACUCCUUCCUGUGGACCAUCAAGAGAGAUCCCCCAUCUUACUUCUUUGGCACCAUCCACGUCCCAUACACCCGUGUCUGGGAUUUCAUCCCAGAGAACUCCAAGAAGGCCUUCCAGCAGAGCCACAUUGUGUACUUCGAGCUGGACCUCACUGACCCCUACACCAUCUCUGCCCUCACCAGCUGCCAGCUCCUGCCACAGGGGGAGAACCUCCAGGACGUGCUGCCCCGUGACAUCUACCGCCGGCUCAAGCGACACCUGGAGUACGUCAAGCUCAUGAUGCCAUCCUGGAUGACCCCAGACCAACGGGGCAAAGGGCUGUACGCUGACUACCUCUUCAAUGCCAUCGCUGGCAACUGGGAGCGGAAGAGGCCAGUGUGGGUGAUGUUGAUGGUGAACUCUCUGACGGAGGUAGACAUCAAGUCGCGAGGCGUUCCCGUCCUGGAUCUGUACCUGGCCCAGGAAGCAGAGCGGCUGAGGAAGCAAACCGGUGCUGUGGAGAAGGUGGAGGAGCAGUGCCACCCGCUGAAUGGGCUGAACUUUUCCCAGGUGAUCUUUGCUUUGAAUCAGACUCUCUUGCAGCAGGAGAGCCUCCGAGCAGGCAGUUUCCAGAUCCCCUAUACGACAGAAGACCUUAUCAAGCAUUACAACUGUGGGGACCUCAGCUCCAUCAUCUUCAACCAUGACACUUCUCAAGUCCCAAAUUUCAUUAAUGCUACACUGCCAGCCCAUGAACGUAUUACUGCCCAAGAGAUAGACAGCUACUUCCGUCAGGAGCUCAUCUACAAGCGAAAUGAGCGAAUGGGCAGGAGAGUGAAGGACCUGCUGGAAGAGUACCCAGACAAGAGCUUCUUCUUUGCAUUUGGAGCUGGUCACUUCAUGGGCAACAACACAGUGAUUGAUGUUUUGAGGAGAGAAGGGUACGAGGUAGAACAUACUCCAGCUGGACAAGCCAUCAACAACGGAAAACCCCCCAAAAGCUUGUUAGCCUUUUCAUCGUCCUCACCAGCACACAGCCCCUAUGUAGUGUCACAGGAGCUACCUCCGCCGUUGCAUCCCCGGAAGGAGGAGGAGGAAGAGCUCUUGCCUCACCUGCUGCUCCCUGAUGGCAUCGAUGUUCUGGAGAAGGUAGACAGGAAGUACAAAAAGAAGAAGAAGAAGCAGCAGAAGAAGCAAAGGCUGCGACAGUUUAAUGACCUCUGGGUUCGCAUUGAAGAAAGUGCUACCGACCCUCCUCCACGGAUCCGCAUCAUCAACGGGUACAUCACCGUUGAACCCCAGCCCCGGGGCCACGGACGGUUUAGCCACGCUCGCACGGACACCAGCGGUGCUCACCGUCUUUUCUGCCCUCUCUUGGCCUCGCUACUGACUUCGGCUGUGCAUAUGAUAAGGCUGCAUUGAGACGCAGGGGGAGCCGAGCGGCAGGGCUCUCACCUUAGGAAGCAGAAAAGGAACUUUUGUGACAAAAUAAACAUAAAAGACUCUCUGAGAGGGACGCCUGUUCUUUGGGGCGUUCUUGUACUGCCUCCUUUUCCUGAGUCUGGAUCAUUAACACUGUUAACUGGUUUGACCUGCCCAAUACAGGAGAAGAUAUUUUAAUGGAAGUGUUAUUUAUCCUUCUCUUGCAGAAGAAUGAUUUCAUGUUAUCCCAUAAUGCUUUGGGGAAGUUUAUAAUGUCGCUAUAACAUAGCUGCUGUUUAGCUGUAUGAGCCCGACUGAAUUACAGUUUUUUCACCUUUGUUGCCUUGUGUGAAGAUUUACACACCACUAACUUGUUUAUUAGUACCGUGUAUUUUGGUCAUAUGAGCACAGCUGGGAGAAAGUUUGGUAUUUUAUGUCUCUACUGGUAAUGCUUUUAAUUCUUGCUUAUUAGGGCUCCAGAUUAUAUAUAAAGGUUCACGACAACACCUUCAACAAUAGAAUAAAACAGUAAAGACUUGUGAACAGAAUGUUUCUGCUGUUUCUGUUUAGUGCUGUUAUAAGAUGGG